GAGACCAGAUAGAGUACGAGGUGUCAGACACUAUUCCACCCCGUGAGUCACUGAAGAAAGAUCCUCAGCAAAAGCUGUCUUGACUGUCUGGAAAGUUUGGCAUCGCCAGCUGUGCCCCGAGCCUCAGCGCUUGGCGAAGCACACCGAAUCACCGUUGCUCUUCCCUCAGAGACGGUGCCACACGGAAUUGGCCCCAGGACACAUAUCUCUGCGAAAUGUCAAGAGGAGAGAACCCAAUCAUAAACACUGGUGUUCCUGAGCAUUGUUGAGAGCAAAGAAGCAGGAUCUCUAUUUAUCCAGAAAAUAAGGGCAUAAAGUGAAUAGGCCAUCACCAACUGAAGUAUUAAGCUCAGGACACAUAUUUAAGUAGUCUUAAGGACCAUAGUUGGUCUGUUAGUGUACAGAAGGUUUUCAGUAGGCAUCAAACUUUUCGAAACAGUUUCGAAGUGCGGACAGUUUAGACAUGGAGGUCGCGACCGAUCAGUCUCGAUGGAUGGCCCAUCAUCAUGCGGUACUCAACGGCCAGCACCCAGAGUCCCAUCAUCACGGGCUUACACACAAUUACAUGGAGCCCAUGGCCCCUCUUCUGCCCCCGGACGAGGUGGAUGUGUUCUUGAAUCACUUGGACUCGCAGGGGAACCCGUACUACUCCAAUUCUCGGGCGAGAGUAUCAUACGGACAAGCGCACGCUCGUCUCACGGGAAGUCAGGUCUGCCGGCCACACCUCAUUCACAGUCCCGGGAUUCCUUGGCUGGACAGCGGGAAGGCAGCGCUCUCCGCCGCUCACCACAACGCCUGGGCGGUCAGUCACUUCAGCAAGCCCGGCCUGCACCCCGCCAGCGCCGGUUACCCGUGCAGCAGCAGCUCCAGCACCGCUCCCGUCUCCUCCCUCACAUCCGCAGCCCACUCCAGUCCACAUCCCCUCUACAACUUCCCCCCAACCCCACCGAAAGACGUCUCACCGGACCUCGGUCCUUCGUCUCCGACCUCAGUUUCUGCAAGAAUGGAUGAAAAGGAGUCCAUCAAGUACCAAGUGUCCAUCGCUGAUGGAAUGAAGAUGGAAGGAUGUAGUCCUCUUCGGGGAAGCCUGGCUAUGAGCGCCCAAACAGCGUCCACGCAUCAUCCCAUCCCCACCUACCCGACGUACUCUCUUCCCGCACCACACGAGUACGGCGGCGGUCUGUUUCAUCCUGGUACCCUCCUCAGUGGAUCCCCUUCGAGCUUCACACCUAAAUGUAAAAGCAAGACACGGUCGUGCUCAGAGGGGCGUGAAUGUGUGAACUGCGGAGCCACCUCCACCCCGCUGUGGCGGCGGGACGGAACGGGCCACUACCUCUGUAACGCGUGCGGCCUGUACCACAAGAUGAACGGCCAGAACCGACCCCUUAUCAAGCCAAAGCGCAGACUGUCUGCUGCGAGGAGAGCUGGCACCUGCUGCGCGAACUGCCAGACAACCACGACCACUCUGUGGCGGCGCAACGGGAACGGUGACCCGGUGUGCAACGCCUGCGGGCUCUACUACAAACUCCACAACGUCAACAGGCCACUGACCAUGAAAAAAGAGGGCAUCCAAACACGCAACCGAAAGAUGUCCAGCAAGUCCAAGAGGAGUAAACGAUCUGGCGAGGGUUUCGAGGAGCUCUCCAAGUGCAUGCUGGACAAGACCUCUCCGUUUGGCAGCGCCGGUGCUCUGGCAAGCCACAUGUCACACAUGGGCCACCUGCCACCGUUCAGCCAUUCUGGACACAUGCUGCCCACACCGACUCCCAUCCACCCCACAUUCAGCCACCCUCACCAUCCCAGCCGCUCUCCCGUCUGGGCCGAACCUCACUGAAGACCCACGCACGCUCGCUCACAUCCCCUUGACAGGGGCCUUGCGUUCGCUCCUACACAUCCCCUCCCCUCCCGUAAAGAAAUCAGGUGAGGGACGCCAAGGGGUCCGUGUCGGGCUCGUUUCCUGCUUGGACACUGCCGGUGAAGGUUUCAUCUCAUCAACAACAACGUAAACUUGUAUAGAGGACGGUUCACGCAUUUAUAAAGCACCUCUCCCUUCUGAGGAUCCUCACAGACAGAGCAUAGGGAGAGAGAGAGCUCUUUGCUUUUAGCUUUCGUUACAUUUUACUGAGUCACUUUGGUACUGUCCUGAAAGAGAGGAUGUGUGUUUGCAGAUUCACUGUGGCAGUUCCUUCGAAAAACGCUCUUCUCAGAAACUCUCUAGUUAAGGACUAGCUCUGACUCUCUGCGUACAUGAUAAGUCAAAGACAGAGAGACAGAACGAGAGAAGACCACUAAGUUUAUCCCCCUAACAUGCUGGAAUACACCAUCAUUCCCUCUGAGUGGACUCGACGUGGAUACGACAUACAGGCAAAGAAAUGUUUAUAAAGUUGAAUUGUUGUUAUCGUUAUUAUUAUUAUUAUUAUGAUAAUUUAUUUUCACUCUUUAUCUCUUAUUUCGCUUUCCUCAGAACACAUUGUCAUAUUAUAAAUAUCAUUUGGUUGUUAUUGAUAAAAAAUAAAAAUAAAAAACACUGACCUAUCCUAGCCAAGGCGAUGUUGCUGAGCUGUACGUUUCCAUCAUUUUCCAUUACAGAAAUAAAGGAAAUAAAGUUUUAAUACUUAA